GCCUGCCUGCCAGCCGCCAGAGCAUCCAAAUUGUGCUCCUUCCCCUUCGGCUGGCAUCCUCUGCACAUGGCCAGAGCGCAAGCCGGCAGCAUCCCCAGCAUCCCAGCCAGAGGACCAGCCAGGACCCCAAGCCAGAGGAGGAGGAGGAGGAGGAGGAGGCCUCUGACCCUGUCUGCUCAGCCAGACAGGAUGGGCCCAGUAGUCCUCUGACAGCCACUUGCCCCAUCUCUCCUCUCUCUGCCACAACUAAGGCAGAGGGGCUGCCAUGCCAGCCAGCUUUUUUGAGCUCCUAAGCCGCCUAAGGAUUUCAGAGUCUGUCAACAAAGCCCACCAAAACCGCCCCAAGGAUUCUUUGCAUCCAGCUGGAAAUCCGAUCCCCGUGAGUCACAGGGAGUGACAGUUGGCAAGGGUACAGCCGGAGGAGAAGUAGCCCUUGAGCGGGCAGAAGCCAUUCUGGAAGAGGAGAAGGCAGGAUUGCGCCUUGCCACUCUGCCUGGCCUGGGCCUUGUUGGGAUCUUCAAAGGCCAAGAGACUGGGCCCUGCCUCUGCCAGGCUGCCCUCCCCGAUGUGCCUGCCCUCUCUGAGGAGAAAUGCCGCUGGAAUGACCUCGGCUGAUGGAGGAGGAGGCCCGCUCUCUCCUUGGAAGCUGGAUCCAGGCCCGGGUGGAGGGCCGAGGCCCUUGGCCCGCUCUCUGCCCAUGUUGCCCCUCGUGGCCACCGUCUUGGUCUGGCUGGCCACGGGGACCACCAUGUCCAGCCUCAACAAGUGGAUUUUUGCCAUCCACAACUUCCGCUUCCCGGUGCUGCUCUCCUCCCUCCAUAUGCUGACGGCCGUGGCAGUGGGCAACCCCUUGGCCAAGCUCCGGCCUGGCGGGAAUGGCAGCCCUACCCUCAGCCCAAGCGCCAAGGCUCGGGUCUUUCUGCUGAGCCUGACCUUUUGUGCCAGCGUGGCCUUUGGCAACCUGGGCCUCAACUACGUCCAGCUGGACUUUGCCCAGAUGGUCUACACCACCACCCCGCUCUUCACCCUCACCCUCUCCAAGCUCCUCCUGCGGAAAGGCCACCAUCCCCUCCAAUAUGCCGCCAUGGGGCCCAUCUGCCUGGGUGCCUCCCUCACCAUCAUCGGGGAGGUCCACUUCGACCAGGCCGGGUGCUGCUUCCUCUUUGCCGCCACUUUCCUCCGGGGACUGAAAUCCAUCCAGCAAAGUACCUUGCUGCAGGAGGAGCGCCUGGACUCCCUGACCCUGCUCUGCCUGACCUCUCUGCCCAGCUUCUACAUCCUCUUUGCGGCGGCCCUGAUGCUGGAGGUGGGUCCCGCCUGGGAUGGCACCCUGGCCUAUGGCAGCGGGCUCUGGGCCUGCAUUUUGCUCAGCUGCCUGGGCUCGGUGCUCUACAACCUGGCCAGCUUCUCCAUCAUCUCGCUGACCUCAGCCCUGACUAUCCAUGUCCUUGGCAACUUCAACAUCGUAGGCAACCUGCUCCUCUCGCAUUUGCUCUUUGGGAGCCACCUGACGUUGCUGGGCUAUGCGGGCAUCGGCCUCACCCUUUCGGGGGUCUUCAUGUACCAUCACUGUGAACGCAUAGUGGCCUUCUGGCAGGCCCGGGCCAGGCGGGCCAAAGAAGAAUGAGACGGAAGAGGUGCCACUGUCUAACUUUGACAGCAGGACAGGCUUUUGGAUUUGUUGGAGAGAAGAGAGUGGGGGACCAUCGCCAGCUUGAGGGAGAGUCUGGAGAUGGUGAUCCUCCCCAAAUAAUAGCCUCAACUUGCCCCAAGCCAUUGCACACACUUUCCACUGGAAAUGGUUUUUAGCAACUAGGGGAAGUGGUUUUGAGGAUUCCAGCAAGUUGGCGGGCUGCGUAUUUGAAUUCUCCAUCACGUUGUUUUUUUUAUUUCAAAAAAUCCCACUCAUAGAAAACCAGCCUGCCAGAGGAAGCGGGCUCUCUUCCUUUCCCUAAUGUGCUAGUUGUCUCGAUGAGGGGAGGCUUCCCCAUCCAGCUUCAAUGCUGGAAAGUCUUCAGCCAUGCAGCCGGUGGGAAGGGAUGGCAGCAAUGUUCAGCAGCUUUCUCUCUGCCACCAUCUGCCAUUGCUGAGAAGUAAAGCAGGGUGAAAGAUCUGGGAAGCAGGGGAGAAGAGGCAUGUUUUGAGUCUGCUUCUGUGUCUUGGCCAAAGGGCUCUUCCCAGGGAGGGCCAGCUGCUCAGUCAUGGCUGCCUAGUGUCUGCAGAGCUGGCCUCUGACUGCUUAGUAGGAGGCCUGGCACUAAGCUUGGACCUGGGACACGUGUUUUCUUUAUUUUUUAAAAACAAUAAGCAGGCAUUGGAUGUCCUGAAUUGCACCUCCGAUUUCUGCUAGCCACAUAGCAGAUGUGCCAACUCUUGUGUUGGAUGGUCCCCUUUGGCCUCUGAGGCAACCUGAAGGCACUUUGUGGUGCUGAGACUCGCCAGAUGAUGUGGCACGCAUUCCUUUCCCACCUUGCACUCCCCAUUACCUCCCCAUGAAAAGUAUGGAACGCGCUGCAUGGAGCAGCUCCAGGAGGAGAGCCUGCCCGGGUAGAAGAGAGGUGGCACAGUUAGGGUGGCACUUGGUUUCCCAUCCCUAACUGCCGGCUAGUGGUGGAGUGGAGCAGAGUGCAGUUGGGUGGGUAUAUUUUCUUCUACUGCUACUACCCUCUGCUGGAUGGAGUAAAUUAUGUGUGUGAGAGAGAG